AUGUCCGAUCGACCAUCCAAACGGAUGAAGACUGGGCCGCAUUAUGCCUCACCAGUAUUUAUGCCAGAUUCCCCGGAGGUUCAGCACGUGGAGGAUGCCCCAGAAACUUCACUGUCAAGCCGGCUCCAGAACAUGGCCGAAGCUGCGGCAGAGUUGCAACAUGCCGCUGCUACGCAGUCAAUCAGUCCGGCUGGCAACCCUCAACAACCUUCCCAGCCCAAAACGAGAAGAGCCCAUCAAGAUGCACGACCCAGUAAUGCCGCAGUGCCUGGGAACCAGCCCAAGACUGGCAAUUCACAGACACUACUCAUCUAUUUUGGAGAAGGACGUCCUACACCACGCUGGGUGAUUGUGCUAAAUCCUCAAGGAGAUGGAAACCCUCGGGGCCCUCCACUUCUCUGGGAGUUUGAGCCCGGUCCUGCUGGUGCGGAUUUGUUACGGGAACCUGGAUUCUAUCAAUAUGCCCUUAAUUGGCUCAGAAGGUCGCUUGGUACGCCCCAGUUCAGGCAGAUUGUGGCGCAAUAUGUGAAUACAAGGCCAGAUCUGGCGCAGCUCGUUAGAAGUGGUAAUGACCCGGUGCCGUUUAUCGCUGUGCGCGAUCCUGCAGUACCCAAGGUGGCAAGCCCUUUUAUACCAGCAGCGGAAUGGUAUUGGUUUAUUGACGUUGGGCGACCGCAGGCAGUAUCGCGACCAAUACAGCAAGGGGGGGGAAGGGCAUCUAAUGAGGAUGUCAACCAAUUCUCAAGAUCGCAUAUGCGCAUCUACACUGGGGAACGCGAACUCUCUCCGAAUCGUCCUGGGGACCCGGAUAUCGACUUCGAUGACUCUUCUCCGAAUGACACUGAACCGUACGAGAUAUCUUAUGAUGAAGAAGAUGAAAAUGAACCCGUGUCUGGCAAUACCAGAUCCAACCAGAUGCCUCCACCUGCAGCGAGGCUGCCAAAGGUAGCCGCAGGGGGGGCUGCAGCACGAGUAGGGCCCGGGGGGCCAUAUAUGAAACAAGGCGGACCAUCCCAAGCAGGUCCGGCACCACAACGUCGACAGACGGCGCAUGAAACCGGCCAACCACUACCAAGACAAAAUACACCACCGGUUGAGAAGAUAAAACGGAGGGCUGUGGAAGACCUUAAAGCCAACUUGACACGGCAUUUCCCUAAACUAACGAUCCGUCGGGUGAGAUCUUGGGCCGGACAAGAAAUCAUUGAUAGAGAAGAAAUUGGGCUUCCGGGGCAGAUCGAUCAACUACCUAGAUUCCCCGCGCCCCAGCCAGAAGCUCGCCCCGACCAAGCGCAACCAGCUCCAGAUGAGGCUCCAAAACAGGUUCAUAAACGGACUUCGAAACGGGCCUCAAAACGAGCUCUAGAAGAGGAUUCAGAGGAAGGUUCGGAAGAGGCUUCAGAAGAGGUCCCGAAGCAGGCCCCGAAGCAGGCCCCGAAGCAGGCCCCGAAGCAGGCCCCGAAGAAGGCCCCGAAGAAGGCCCCGAAGAAGGCCCCGAAGAAGGCCCCUAAACAGACGUCAAAACGGGCCCCAAAACAAGCUCUGGAAGAGGAUGUAGAAGAGGAUUUAGAAGAGGUCCCAGAACAGGCGCAGCCAGUGAAGAGAGGGCAGGCAAAGAGAAAGGCAACAACCGCACCCGCACCAGCAGCACCGGCUAGUCGGAUAACUCGGUCUAAGGCCAAGGGUAAGAUUGCGGAUAAAUAG